ACAACACCUCGCCUCGGAAAAGUCGAGAGGGAAGAAGUAGAGUCCUCAUAAGCGAUUACGUCGCCGGUCCUGUGAGCUAUGGCGAUCCAUAAACUCAAGAAAGAAGAGACCCUCGCCCUGAGGAAGAGAUUGAUUGGACAGUCGAUCAAGCUCUUCUACUCAGACGACCCGGUGAAAAUAGUCCGAGCGAGAGGACAGUAUCUGUUCGAUGAGAAUGACAGGCGCUACCUGGACUGCAUCAGUAACGUGCAUCAUGUGGGCCACUGUCACCCCAGCGUUACAAAGGCUGCAGCUGCACAGAUGGAGCUCCUGAACACAAACUCGAGAUUCCUGCACGACAACAUCGUCCUGUAUGCAGACCGCCUGGCUGCCACUCUGCCUGAGAAACUGUGCGUCUUCUACUUUGUGAACUCUGGUUCCGAGGCCAAUGAUCUUGCCCUCCGCCUGGCCCAGCAGUACACCCAACAUGAGGAUGUCAUCGUGCUUGACCAUGCUUACCAUGGGCAUCUAAUGUCCCUCAUCGACAUUAGUCCUUACAAGUUCCGGAAACUGGCGGGACAGAAAGAAUGGGUUCAUGUGGCACCGUUACCGGACAUCUACAGAGGCAAAUACAAGGAGAAUCACCCCAACCCAGGCCAAGCUUAUGCCGAUACAGUGAAAGACCUAAUUGAGGAUGUGCACAGGAAAGGCCGUAAGAUCUCUGCCUUCUUUGCUGAAUCACUGCCAAGUGUUGGAGGACAAAUCAUCUUUCCACAGGGAUACUCAGCUAAAGUUGCAGAAUACGUGCACUCAGCCGGUGGAGUGUUUGUAGCAGACGAAGUCCAGACAGGUUUUGGACGAGUGGGGAGUCACUUCUGGGCUUUCCAGCUGCAGGGACAGGGCUUCUGUCCUGACAUUGUGACGAUGGGGAAACCGAUGGGCAAUGGGCAUCCUUUGGCUUGUGUGGCAACCACCGUAGAGAUAGCUGAAGCUUUCACAGCCAACGGAGUGGAGUACUUCAACACGUUUGGAGGGAACCCGGUGUCGUGUGCAAUUGGCCUGGCAGUCCUGGAUGUGAUAGAGGAGGAGGACCUUAGGGGAAACGCCAUGAAAGUGGGAUCCUACCUUAAAGAGUUGCUCACAAAGUUGCAAACCCGACAUCAAAUAAUUGGCGAUGUCAGAGGUGUGGGGCUGUUUGUGGGACUGGAGCUGGUCACAGACAGAGAGGAGAAGACUCCUGCUACACAAACAGCAGCACUGGUUGUUAAGAGGUUGAAAGAAGAGGAUCGAAUCUGUGUUAGUACAGACGGACCCUGGGAGAGUGUGGUUAAGUUCAAACCCCCUAUGUGCUUCAGUAUGGAGGAUGCAGAGCUGGUGGUGCAAUGCAUUGACCGCAUCCUCACAGACAUCGAGGCCAACGACCUUAAACUUGAAAAGGAAGACAUCUAAGGUCUUCAGUGCGAAUUUAUGGUUGGGACAUUGGUAGAAUGAGGACAGGUUACCUCUUGAAAUCCAGCCAAUUGGAGGGAGUCAUCAUGAAAAUGAUGCUAGAGGUGACACACCCCAGGGAGAUUUUAUAUAUGAUUUUAUCUUGACAUUAAUGAACUUUCAUAAUGUUUUUAAAGACGAUAAGGAACUCAAUAAACAGCAUUCUUUAA